AUGAGCUGCGAUAUCUGCCAGCGGGCGCAUCACCCCAAGCGCCUGCCCUUCUUCUGCGCCGUCGAUGCGCGGAAUGCGCUAUACGAGGGGCGCAUCGCAAAUGCCAGAAUUCUCAUGGAGAUGGAAGAGCUGGAAUCUCGUGUGAACACUCUCCUGUUGAACAGCGAAUCGGGUCCUGGCUCUCCCGCAACGAACCGCUCAUCGCGAACCUAUGUGGAGAACUGUGCUUCGGAGGAGCAGAUGGCCAAAGAGAGGACCGAGAGGAUCAUGGCAGCCGCAGACAAGCUUCGCGAUGAAGUUGCAGCAGCCAAGAAAGAGAUCGAAGAAAGGAAGGCUACAAUUGCGCGCAAGAAGGCUGACCUUGCGGCCGCCUCACAGGGAGUUUCUACGCGGCGGAACAGGGAACUUGAUGAAAUGGGGAAGGUCAUCAAGAUGACCAGGUAUACCUGGGAUCGGGAGUACGAGGCUAUGGCCCAGUACAGAGCCGCGCUGUGUAUGGAGGUAGCCAAGCUGUACAGACUACAACGUGUUCGACGCGGAAGCCCCGCACGAUUUGAAUACAAGAUCGGCGGUAUUGAUAUCAUCGAUUUACAGAAUAUGAACAAUGCGCAACCCGAAAUCAUAUCGGCAUCGCUAGCCCACAUCACGCAUCUCUUAUGGCUUGCUUCACAUUAUCUAGCUGUGCGGCUCCCGGCGGAAAUCACACUACCACACAACGAUUAUCCCCGUCCUACAAUAUUCUCUCUGCCUUCAUCAUACCAUCAUGGCGAUGUCGCCUUCCCCGGCUCGUCACCCUUACCACCUGAUCCACGUAACCGCCAGUUCGCAAAUAUCCCCCAUCCACGACCCCUGUUCCUGGACAAACCCCUAUCCACACUCGCCAAGGAAGAUACCGCGUCUUAUAACAUCUUUCUCGAGGCUGUUUGCCUUCUCGCUUACGAUAUUGUCUGGCUCUGCCGGACCCAGGGAGUGCCAGUCGGCGACAACGGCAGCAGCUUCGACGACUUUGCCAGCCUCGGACGGAACCUGUAUAACCUUCUGAUCAACUCAUCUCUCCAGCGCAAUCCGCAGCAAAUCGCUGACGCACCCGGAAGCCACGGCAAUGCCGGUGGGGGUCCCGAUCACGCCGAGCUCGGAAAAGCAGCUCCCCGCAUGGGCUGGUACUCGCAUGGCACCGUGCACACCUUCCUGGGGAGUGCCGUCGGAAACGACCUGACAAGAGGCUUCAAGCUGCCGAACCCGGUCAAGCUCACCGACAAGCUCAAGUCGAAGCUCAACCACGAGAACCCCAUUCCAGAGUGGGAGGUCUUGGAAGAUGACGCCUGGGCUCCGGAGGAAGCCGAUGAAGGGGUUCUGGUCGGCGGUGCCAGGCCGAAAGCGAGAGCUGGCGAGCGUGGUGCUGGUAAUGGUCGGUUUGGUCUCGAGAGUUACAUGAGCGUCAACACCGUUAGGAGCGGUGAUAGCGGUGAUAAUCCUCGUGUACUCGGCGGCGGCCCCAGCAGAGAUCGUGAAAGGGAUAAAGAGAAGAGCACGAACGGUUGGACCAAGAUCAAGCCUAGAUAG